AAUUCAUGAACUCAAUGUCACACAAAACCAAAUAUAACAAAUUAGACGACAAAAUGGCUUAUACCGGAAACAACAACAACCUUCAUGUUGUGUUCCUCCCGUUAUUCGCUAAAAGUCACAUGAUCCCUUUAGUCCAGGUCGCUAGAUUAUUUGCGGCCCGUGGCGUUCGCUCAACAAUCAUCACUACCAUACACAAUGAACAAAUAUUCAAAAAUGACGUUGACCGUGAUAUUGCCGAUGGUUACCCCAUCGCGGUCAACACUAAUCUUACAUUUCCAGCAUCGGAGGUGGGGCUUCCAGUUGGAGUAGAAAACUCCAACGAUGGUUCCGUUAUAAAUGUGGAGUAUAGGGCGGCAGUCUAUCGUGGCAUGAUGAUGCUCCAGUCUGAUAUGGAACGUGUGAUACGUGAUCUUGCCCCAGAUUGCAUCAUUUCGGAUAUGUUCUUCCCAUGGACCGUUGACUUGGCAGAAGAGCUCAAAAUUCCGAGACUGUUGUUUUACCCAAAUUGUUUGUUUUUUCAUUCUAUUGUGCAUAGCUUAAAGGCUUAUGCUCCUGAUGCCGAUGAUGUAGAAAGUUUCAUUGUUCCAAACUUGCCAGAUGAAUUCACGUUGAAGAAGUCUCAGGUGUCAGAUGAAUCAAGACUAAGCACGAGUUUGGGUCAAACGAUAGAAACAAUUCAUCAAUCGGAGAAACGUAGUUUUGGUAUUAUUUAUCACACAUUUUAUGAAAUGGAACCAGCAUAUGUGGAUCACAUGAGGAAGGUUAAAGGUGACAAGAUAUGGCCUAUUGGUCCUCUGUUUCAAUUUUUUAGGAACGAGGAUUGCAAAACCGAUGGAUCAUCAGCUGAGAGGCAUGAUAGUUUAAGUUGGCUAGAUAAUCAAAAACAAAAAUCAGUCAUAUAUGUUUGCUUUGGAAGUAUUGGAAUACUCCCAAAAGCGCACGUCACAGAAAUUGCCUUGGCGUUAGAAGAAUCUAAGCAGCCGUUUUUAUGGGUGCAUAGGAAACACCCAGGUGAUGAGCAUAUUAACCCAUUUCCAGAUGGAUUCGAGGAACGGAUCAAGAAAGAAAACAAGGGUUUGGUCAUAACUAGUUGGGCACCCCAAGUGGAGAUAUUGCAACACCCGUCCAUACUAGUAUUCUUUAGUCACUGUGGUUGGGGCUCGGUCCUUGAGGCUGUGGUUUCGGGUGUGCCAUUAGUGACAUAUCCAUUGUUCGCCGAUCAAUUGUACAUUGAGAAGUUGGUGGUGGAGAUCUUAAAAAUUGGAGUAGGAGUUGGAGUGGAGGUUUGGAACUCAUCUAGUGUAAAAAUUACUAGCCCGGUAAUUGGAAAAGGGAGCAUUAUUGAAGCCUUUGAAAAAUUCACCUCUGGAUCUUCCAUAGCUGAGACCAUUACAAACAACUUAAAAGAGAUAACCAAGAAAUCCAAACAAGCUGUUGAAGAAGGUGGAUCUUCUUUCAACAAUUUAACGGCUUUGAUCGAAAAAUUAAAAGCCGUUAAAUUCUCCCAAAAGACAUGAUCAUGCAAGCCAUCAUUGCUUAAUCCUUUUCAAAUGUUUCUGUUUUUCUUCUCUUUAUCUUGAUCUUGAAGCCUAUUUAUGUAAUGAAAAUAUGAAAUAAUGUUUGAAUUUUUGUAUUGUGUCUCAA